AUGUCGCAGUCAGCGUCUCUUCGACCGUUACUCCCUGCAACGGAGAGUAGCGGAUCCCGUGGCAGUGGGAGUCCAGAUUCAUCAGGACCUGGUCAACGUCAAAUCAAGCGUACCCCUACAAAAGCUGCGUGUGAGGCUUGUAGAAAACGGAAGUCAAAGUGUAGUGCCGAGCGACCUCGAUGCAGCAUCUGUAUCGAGAGAAAUACACCCUGCGAAUACAAAACCCUGCCUACAGAAACACAUCUGAUAGCUCAAAAGAGACUUGUCAGCACGCUUCAGUCAAGAUGUGAUAUCCACGAGGCACUCUAUGACAUCCUUCGGACUAAGCAGGAGGAUGAAGCAGUAAGUAUAUUGCAGCGCAUCCGCGCUGGUACUGAUAUCGAAACUAUAGUGAGAACGAUUCAAGAAGGCGACCUAUUACUGCAACUUUCCGUACGGCCAGAAUUCCGAUAUCGAUAUAAGUUCCCUUACCAGCAAGAAAUGCCAGCCUAUCUCAAGAAUAGUGCGUGGGCGAAUCCGUACUUAGCUUCAACUUUGUUCGAGAAAACCUACAUGACCAAUUUGCAAGAGCAACAUUUGGACGAAGUCAUGCCAAAAUCUAUCAGGAACGAUAACCAAAGAAUGUAUCUAUUGCCGUACCAUACGGUAGCAAUGCCCGAUGCGCGACGCAUCUCACUGGAUGUCGCAAAAUGGACUGCAGUGCCUGCCAACAACUCGUUGCUUUGGUCAUUACUCGAGAUAUAUUUUCUUUUCGAAUACCCAUUUCACCCGUUCUUCCAUAAAGACUUGUUCCUAGAAGAUAUGCUUAAUGGCAGACAGAGAUUCUGUACCCCACUCCUAGUUAAUGCUGUACUGGCAGCGGCUUGGCAUGGCUAUCAAGCUGUUCAAUCGCGUGCAGAACAUUGGCGCCCAGACAACCUUGGAUAUCGUUUCUAUGCUGAGGCGCAACGAUUAUUGCAUCGCGAACAGGACAAAGCAAAGAUCACGUCUGUCCAAGCCAUGGGUAUCAUGAGCAUAACAUUUACAUCCAACGCACUCGACAAGCUCAGCUGGUCGCUGCUACAUAAAGCUAUUGAAAUGGCACAGCAACUUGGCCUGUUCAGCCACUCUCCUGAGUCAGAUCCAAUGUGGCAGAAAGCAGCUGCAAUCACAUCAUGGGGCGUUUUCAAUUGGCAAUCACUAUAUUGUUACCACAUGUUUCAACCUCCGCUACUCAAUGAGCCACCAAACCAUGACCUGCCUGAUGUACUACAGGAUACAGCUUUCUUCGGCAACAUUCAUGUGAAAUACCCAGGCAGCGAACAUAAAGUUGACAUCUCUCACGGCCACGUCUUCCGGGCUAUGUCGGGGUUUCGCAUAAUAAUGAACGCUGUCGCGCUCGAGCUAUAUGGCAGUGGGCAGAAUGGUUUGUCGUUGGACAGAUUAGAUCACUUCUGGCAAGCUAUUAAAGACUGGUACAGAAGUUUGCCAGCAUGCUUAGAAGCUGACAAGAUUGCCUUGCCAAACCACCUGAAACUUCAUAUGCACAUGCAUGUUCUCGUAAUCGGUCUUUUCGAGCCGUUCGAGAAGCAUGUGCAGAGCCUUCUGUCAAGGGGACUGCCAGACCCAGGAAAAACCAUAGCCCAGUCGAAAGCGAGCCUGGAAACACUUAUCCGACUAUAUUAUCUGCGGCACGGUUUUGAGUCGUACGACCCGACAAUGAUGCUGUUUAUAUCCAUGUUAGCGUGGAGUUGUCUUCAAGACUACAAGCAAAUGAAGGAGAACGGGUCGCCGCAGCUAGAUGCUGUGCGUUCCACUUUGGUGCUGUGCGCCAAAGGUCUAUGGGAUCAGGGCGAGAAUUGUUUCCUUUCCGAAGUUCUUUUCCGCUUACUCAAGAGCUCGUUACCGAGUAAGGACGAAGUACAGCUAUUACGGGAAGUAGCUGACAUCGACGAAGAGCCUGAUAGGGUGAGUCGAAUGAUACAAGAGGUUCAUUCAGCAUGGCCGUUUGGAAUUUUCAGCACCGCUAAGACAAGCAUUGAAGAGGCAAGCCUUAGUCGCUAUAUUGCUUGGUGCGAACAAGUUUUGGAGGAUCCGUCUCAGCACAUAGGAACCCAGACACCUGAUCAGCCUGAGAGUCACCAUCUGUGGGUCGGAUAUAAUAAUUAG